AUGUCUUCGGCAGUAGCAGAGCUGGAGAACUACCUCCAAUCAAUGCUUGCUCUCAAGCCACCAGGUGUCUCGGGUUCGAAGAUCAACAGCAUCACCUCGCUUUGCACCGCCAACGUUCAGAACGAAUCCGUCCUCAUCCAAAAGAUCUACACCCAUUUCAAGAAGGCACCAGGGACACACAAGUUGGGCGUACUCUAUGUUGUAGACUCUGUAACUCGACAGUGGGUAGAAGCAGCACGCAGAGCAGGCCAGCCAGCCGGCAGUGCUGCUCCAGAUGGAACCUUCGCUGCUGGCGUUAACAGAGUGACCGAACUGCUCACCGUCUUGAUGACGGAUAUCAUAAACAAUGCUCCUGAAGAUCAAAAGGAAAAAAUCAAGAAGUUGGUUGACAUCUGGGAGCGUGGAAAUACUUUCCCACCCCAUAUGAUCAACGACUUCAAGGAGAAACUAAAUGCUCCCGCUCUGAACAAUGUUAAAUCCACUACCCCAGAAGGAUCUCCAGGUCCAAAUCACAUACCUUAUGGUGCUCCUCAACAGCAGCAAGCUUCCAAUGGUGCCGCUUCGGCGACCGCACCUCAGUCGGCGCCGGAUACUUCUAGUAUUCUGAAAGCCCUGGCGGAUAUGGCCAAACAAAACACUGCGGCUCCGGCAGCCCCGGCAGUUCCAGCGCAAACAAAUAACCCACUUGCCGCUCUAACACCGCAGACUGCCGCCGCUCCUCAGCCAGUGACUACGUCCGUUGACCAGGCCUCGCAACAGGGAGCCGCGCAGCCUAACGUGAACCCCUUUGCUGCGGGAACUAUGGCGGCGAAUCCAUUCGCAGCUCUGGCUGGCAUGGCUCAGAAUCCAGCGUUGGUUCAGCCUCAGAGUCAGUCUCAGACACCUAACCCAAUGACUGCUCCGCAAAACCCGCUUGCUGCACUCCUGCCACAGGCGGCUGCAGUUCCUGCCCAACCCACGCCAGCUAUGGCACCAGAUGCCCUUCAGCAACAACUCCAGCUUGUGCAGCUGUUGAUGGCACAAGGAAUUCCCCAGGAUCAAUGGGCUACUGCUCUGCAACUCCUCUCUCUGUCCAGUUCUGCCGGCAUGGGCGGCAUGCCUGGACAAGCCCCCGGAUUCCCUGGAUUGUCAAGUCAGAACUUGGGUGCUUGGGGCGGUCGUCCGGACUCUCAAACGCGUGAUCUUGACCCUCGUGAGCGUGACUACAUGCGCUCGCCCCCGGGCCAAUAUCGUCGUCGUUCCCGUUCCCCUGGCUGGGAUAGGCGCCGUGACGUGUCCCCUCCUCGCAGACGCGAUAGUCCUGUCUAUGGAGAAUACCAUGGAGACUCCCCGGGUCGCAGAGGUGGAGAUCCCCGGGACAUGCGUGGUCGACGGGACUACCGUCAACGAAGCCCUCCGGGUCGCAGACGUCGCUCGCCAUCUCCCCGUAAAGACCUAGCUCUUCCCCCCCCUGGCCCGAAGUUGAUCGAAUGGGACUACUCCAUUGGCCAAGGCAAUCUGAAAGUACUGAGCCGAACUCUCUUUGUCGGUGGUGUCACUUCAUCCGAAGCGCAUCUCCGUUCGCUGUUCGGCAAGUUUGGUAUCGUUCAGACUUGCAUUGUCAAUAUCGACAAGCGCCACGCUUUUAUCAAAAUGAUCUGCCGCAAUGACGCUGUCAAUGCUCGUGAAGGAAUGGAAUCGUACAAAUCUGGAGACAUGCAACUUAGAACCCGAUGGGGUGUGGGAUUCGGUCCACGUGAUUGCAGCGACUACCAGACCGGUGUCAGUGUCAUUCCGAUCGAGAGACUCACAGAGGCGGACCGCAAGUGGCUGCUUACUGCGGAGUAUGGUGGAACUGGUGGCAGACCCAUGGAAAGUGGCAUGGUCGUCGAGGAGCCAGAUAUCGAAAUUGGUGCCGGUGUCUCGUCCAAAGCCAUCAGCAGACGCAUUGCAACCGACACUGGAGGCAAGCGGGGACCAGUCUCUUCUCGCACUCAGCAGGAUCGCUUCCGCCGCCCAGAACGUGAGAACCCCCCUGGAGCUGGCGGCCAGGGUGACCGUGACGCUGCCAAUGUGAACAACGUUGGUGUUCCCCCAGCAGUACCUGGAUUCGGCUUCUCCUUCCCAGGAAUGCCCAUGUUCCCUCCGGGAUUCAUGAUGGGCGGAGCACAGGCAGGAUCUCAGCCGCCACCUCCUGGUCAAGGCAGCUAA